AUGCCAGUGGCGGUGAUGGCGGAAAGUGCCUUCAGUUUCAAAAAGCUGCUGGAUCAGUGCGAGAACCAGGAGCUCGAGGCUCCUGGAGGAAUCGCCACAGCCCCAGUGUACGGUCAGCUUCUGGCGCUGUAUCUGCUGCAUAAUGACAUGAAUAACGCGAGGUACCUGUGGAAGCGAAUCCCUGCUGCGAUCAAGUCCGCCAAUUCCGAGCUCGGGGGCAUCUGGUCAGUCGGACAGAGAAUCUGGCAAAGAGAUUUCCCCGGCAUCUAUUCGACUAUCGGUGCUCACCAGUGGUCAGAGACGGUGCAGCCCAUCAUGGACGCCCUGAGAGAUGCCACCCGGAGGCGAGCCUUCGCCCUGGUCUCCCAGGCCUACACCUCCAUCAUCGCCGACGACUUCGCCGCCUUCGUUGGCCUUCCUGUGGAAGAUGCUGUGAAAGGCAUACUGGAGCAGGGGUGGCAGGCGGACUCCAGCACGAGGAUGGUCAUGCCCAAAAAGCCAGUUGCAGGCUCCCUGGAUGCCUCCUUUAACAGGUUCACGCCCCUGUCAGAGCCGGCCCCCGUCCCAGCGAUCCCCAACGAGCAGCAGUUGGCCAGACUCACCGAUUAUGUGGCUUUCCUUGAAAACUGA